CACAUUUCAAAUUCAAACUGCGGAGUAGACGGUCGCGUUUCGUGUCGUUUCGCGAAUUUAGUGUUCGAUUUGUUUUAAAAUCGCCGCAUUUCGUCAGCGAGUACCCGCAUUGCAUAUGGCCAAACUAACCAAGUAGCCUAAACCUUAAUCGAAAGUUUAUAUCGGAAUUAAUCGUAUACUAAACGGCGCGUCGCCAAAUGUCAAAACAAUUAACAGCUAAGUACAGCCAAGCAAAAGAGGAAUAACAAAAGUAACAAGAAAAGAAGAAGAAUUAGAGAAGAAGAAGACGUAGCGAGAGCAAGAACUGUGAUAAAGUUAAGUGGUAAACAAGCAAGCAUGGAUAACAGUAGCAGCCAAAAUAGCAGAACAGCGUCUGCGGCAACCAACAAAAUAGUCAACUAUUCACCGGCCUCGCCAACAGUCGCGUCCACCUCCAGCAGCAGCAGCAUGAGCUCCAAUCAGGAGGACACCACUGUACUUGGUCUGUUCACGCCCAAAAAGGAAUUUCCCAAUGCCAAGAUGCUGCAGACCAUCCGCGAGAAGCUAUUGACUCCGGGCGGUGCCUGUGACCUUUUGGCCCUAGGAAUUGCUGCGGAACCCACGGAUCAGCAACCCGUCAAGCUGAUCGAAAAGCGUUAUCUGAUCAGUGCCCAGCCUAGUCACAUAUCGGCCGCCGUGGCCGCCAAGACGCCCGCGUCGUAUCGCCACCUGGUCGAUCUCACCGCCUCCAAUCUGCGCUGCAUGGACAUCUUUACUGGGGAGCAGUUUCUCUGCAGGAUUGUCAACGAGCCGCUCCAUAAGGUGCAGCGGGCCUAUUUUCAACUGCAGCAGCAGGAUGAGGAGCUGCGCAGGAGCACCAUCUACGGUCACUCGUUGAUCCGACCCGUGCAUGACAUAGUGCCGCUGUCCAAGGAUCGCACCUACAUACUCAUUGCCCCGGUUCCGCAGGAGAGGGACUCCACGGGCGGAGUGGCCGGAGUGUACGAAAAUCUGCACACCUAUAUCCGCCACGAGAAGCGACUGUGCGAAACGGAGGCGCGAGCCAUAUUCCAUCAGAUCUGCCAAACCGUCCAGGUGUGCCACCGCAAUGGGAUUAUCCUCAGGGACCUCAAGCUCAAGCGAUUCUACUUCAUCGACGAGGCCAGAACUAAACUUCAGUAUGAAUCACUGGAGGGCUCAAUGAUCCUCGACGGCGAUGAUGACACCCUAAGCGACAAGAUCGGCUGCCCACUGUACACCGCUCCGGAAUUACUUUGUCCCCAGCCGACGUACAAGGGCAAGCCGGCGGACAUGUGGUCGCUGGGAGUGAUCCUCUACACGAUGCUGGUGGGUCAGUAUCCGUUUUACGAGAAGGCCAACUGCCACCUCAUCACGGUGAUCCGGCACGGCAACGUCCAGAUACCCAUGACGCUUUCCAAGUCGGUGCGCUGGCUCUUGCUGUCGCUGCUGCGGAAGGAUUUCACGGAACGCAUGACCGCCAGCCACAUCUUUCUGACACCGUGGCUGCGGGAGCAGCGUCCCUUCCACAUGUACCUGCCCGUCAACGUGGAGGUUGCCGAGGAUUGGAGCGAUGCGGAGGAGGAGGCCGAAGGCGCAGACGCCGAUGCGAUGGACGAGGAGGAGGGCGGACUCUGUCCGCUGGGCAACAAGCACGAGUACGAGGACAUCGGCGUGGAGCCGCUGGACUACACUCGCACCGCACUCCAGAUGGCCCAGAAUGCCAACGGGCUUUCCACGGAACCCGAACCAGACACGGACGUCGACAUGGGUUGAUUGGGGCUCGUGUUUUCACCCACCCACGGGUUACUCUCUGGGACACGCUGGCGCGUUGGCUACAUCCGGCUGAAUGCCGGCUGAUUAGCCGCCGGGAUAGGACAUAUCGGGUGAUAUGACACUGUGGACAUCCUGGCCUUCCUGGUCGCGCCGACUCCGACUGCGUUCCACGUCGUCAUCCUGCAGGUGGUACUGCCAACAAAGACUUAAAGCCUCGCUUAGACACUCUCUUAGACACACAAGAACUCACUGCCUUCCAAUCGCGCUGCGGCCCCGAUCCGUUCAAGAAUCGCGCCGCUCCGCAGCCUCCUCUGCAACCGAUUCUUCCUAAAACCUACCUAUGUACAAUACAUUUAACAUUUUAAUUUUUUUGCAACUGUUGAUCUUAUCAAAGGACAGUCGCCCUGAUUUGUUUUUGGGCUUUAAAACACAUUAGUUUCCAUGUUAAAAAAAAUGCAACGAAUGCAAAUUGUUAUUUAUUAUUUAAUACUUCUGUAUUACGCUUCUUCUACUAUUAAAAUCUUGUAAGUGAAAAUCGUGAAAAAAAACAUAAUACAUUGAAAUUUGAUCUCACCAAGAAUAA